AUGAGAACAAAACGCAUGACCUUAGCUGAAGAUGACAUCAUCGAAAAACUGGUCAAUAAAACCGAAGGGUACUCGGGAGCUGAGCUGGUUGCCGUUUGUCGUCAAGCUGCACUUCUUGCAAUGAGAGAGAACAUAAACGCAACGGAGGUGCGGUGG